AUGUCUUCCUCCGACGCAGCUCCCAGCGCACAGGCGCCCUCCAGCGGCGGUCUCCUCGGCGCCACCGACGCCAUUCCCAAGGCGGUGAUCAAGAACGCCGACAUGGAGCAGCCGAUGCAGGACGCGGCCAUCGGCAUUGCCCUCGACUCGCUGCGCCAGUUCAGCGUCGAGAAGGACAUGGCUGCGCACGUCAAGCGCGCCAUGGACCAGCAGUUCGGCGCCACGUGGCACGCCGUCGUCGGCCGCAACUACGGCAGCUACGUGACACACGAGACGAAGCACUUCAUCUAUUUCUACCUCGGGCAGAUCGCCUUCCUCCUCUGGCGCGCCUGA